AGAGAGCGAGAGAGAGAGGGAUAGAGAGAGAGAGAGAGAGAGAGGAGGGUUAGACAAUACCUUUCCUCAAAUAUAUUCCAGCCCCUCCGUCCGUGAAGUGAGCCUUUAUUAGACGGGGGUCGUUUGGAUCUUAUCUCACACGUGAUACCGGGAGAGCGAAAGGAAGCGUAAUAUGCGCGUCAAGUGACUUCCCAUCUCUAUCGCCGUCAUCAUCAUCAUCAUCAUCUUCCUGCACGUGGAUGGACGAGUAACCGGCGAUCUGUGCCUCUAUUGUCUCUCCAUCACCCUACAUGUGGAGGAUCGAAGCUUCUGACGACCCCAAAAAGGUGGCGGACAUCACCUGUCGUAGCUAAUUCCUCCACAAAGGUUUCAUCAGGGCGCACUUCGAUGUGUGCAAGUUGGAAAAGAAAAAGUUGGCAUUGAAGUUGCCUGUGCAACACCGAGCUGGAAUAUGAUUUUAAGUUCAGCAUCUUUUUAGGAUAUUUGCGAGACACACACACACACAAAAACUGCCAACUGUACCUGCCAAGAACUUCAGCCCAAACGAAGGAUAUUAAAGAUGAUGCUAAGUCCGGACCAGGCCGAGGCGGACCUCUCGUGGACUCAAUCCGACCCGGAGACGCUGCUGAGCGGCCUCAAGUCUGCGGGCUGCUCGUCGGAAGAGCCGGCGGAGGGCGACGAACGGGCCAACAAGUGCCGGGCGGAUCAGCCUCUGAGCCGCGAGGAGAAGCGGCGACGGCGGCGGGCCACCGCCAAGUACCGCUCGGCCCACGCCACCAGGGAGCGGAUCCGGGUGGAAGCGUUCAACGUGGCCUUCGCCGAGCUCCGCAAACUGCUGCCCACUUUGCCACCGGACAAGAAACUGUCCAAGAUUGAGAUCCUCAGACUGGCUAUCUGCUACAUCUCUUAUCUCAACCAUGUCCUGGAUGUUUAAAAAAAAAACAAAAAAAAAAAAAAACACACACACAAAAACAAAAACAAAAAAGACCACGCAUAUAUUUGGCCUUUGAGAUUUUCUUGAACAAUGUUUUUUUUUCUUUUUCUAUUUUCAGAUCUUCCACUUUGCUCCUCGUAGUGUUAAGCGGGUGAUCAAUGAUUUGAAAAGGUUUUUGUCCCUGCACGCAACAGGCUGGUUUGGGCGGAUCGGAUGCAAUUGGUGCCUCAUUAUUCCAGAGCGGUGGCUGCCACACGGUGACGUCACCACGGAGCCCAAAGCGAGUGCACGAUUCGGGAAUAAUAAUAAAGUCCCAUUUCAAUUGAACUGAUCCGUCCACAGUAAAAGUCCCAAGUUCGUGAUGCAGGGCGAUGAAUAACAGAAACGUGAAGAUGUCUGCUUGACAAAUUUAGUUUUCCACGGGGAAAGAAUGAGAACAUGCGUAAGUGCCACUUAGGACAUAUAAAACGGUGACCUUAAUUGUUUUGUUUUUUUUUAAAUUACGGAAUUAUUUAUUUAAUUGUGUUGCUAUUUAAGACUCAAAUUAUUUAUGUUUACCUCGGGCGUGUGUGUGUGUGCGCGCGUGCGUGCGUGCGUGCGUGUGCGUGUGUGUGUGUGUGUGUUGGUUUUUUGCUUGGAUAUUUUAGACUGUGACGUUCAACUUGGAAAGUGGUGGUCCUUUUUAAAAUUGCACUUUCUGUUAAUUUAUUUCACGUGAGUCUGGUGUAUGUUUUAAUUAUCAUUAUUAUUAUUGUCAUCAUUUGAUGUCUAUUGUUUAUCAAUAGCAACGAUAAGCACUUGAAGAUAGAGCACACUGGCUCUAUAAAAUAUUUAUUUCCUUAUAGUUAAGAGGUUAAAAAUGGACUGCUCAUAAAUUUCAUUUUUAAAACGAUUAUGGCAAACGGCUUCCACCACCGAGGGAUUGACAUUAUUCAACCUCUUUUUUGCUGUGACCAAAAAACAAAUAAUUUACAAGAAGUACUCUGAAUUUAUUAUGUUUAAUACUUCGAUGUUGGGGGAGGGGGGUGGCUAUUUGUUUAAUUGUCUCUGCUUUGUAUUUGGAAAUUAAUGAUGUGCUUUUUCUAGUGAAGAGCAAAAAACAUAUCCUCUAUCCAAAGAUUUUUUUGUCUCUUCAGGGUUGUGUAGACUACUUGUUGCUUACAUGCACAUCUUUUGUAGUGGAGCUAUUGUGUGACUGCUGGUUUCUAAAGGACAAACUUUUCAUAUUUUCUGGUGUUAUUUUCAAUUAAAAAACGGCGAUAUUUGAAGAAAAACUUUGUCUUUCCUUUUGUAUCCUCGUACGAUUAUAAUAUUUACAUAUCGAAAUGUUGGGA